GAGUCCAUGGGAAGGGUGUUUUUGCACUCAGAGAAGAAUCUGAGAGGAACCUGGACACAAGGAGCAUGGGUGUCUUUACCUCAGGCACUGAUAUCUUCCUAAGUCUUUGGGGGAUGUACGUAUCUCCAAGAAGUCCUGGAUGGAUGGACUUUAUCCAACAUUGGGGGGUUUGCUGUUUUGUUGCUUUCAUUUCAGUGGGCCUCCUGUCUAUGGCCUUUUCCUGGCUUCUGUCCUCAUUCAUAGCCUUCAUCUCCUCCUGGAUGGUCACUUGUGUUCUGCUCUGCUGCUCCAAGCAUGCGCGAUGCUUCAUCCUCCUCCUCUUCCUCUCCUGUGGCCUGCGGGAGGGCAGGAAUGCUUUGAUUACUGCUGGCACCGGGAUGGUAAUCUUUGGACAUGUGGAAAAUAUUUUUCAUAACUUCAAAGGUCUCCUGGACAGUAUGACUUGCAACGUAAAGGCCAAGAGCUUUUCCAUACAUUUUCCACUUUUGAAAAAAUAUAUUGAAGCCAUUCAGUGGAUUUAUGGCCUUGCCACUCAUCUAAGUCUAUUUGAUGACCUUAUUUCUUGGAACCAGACUCUGGCAGUCUCUCUUUUCAGUCCCAGCCAAGCCCUGGAGGCACAGCUAAAUGACACCAAAGGCCAAGUCCUGGGUGUCUUGUACCAGAUGGUGACGGCGACCGAAGUACUGUCCUCCCUGGGACGGCAGCUCCUCGCCCUAGCAGGGCUUUUGCUGGUGCUACUUGGCACUGGCCUCUUCAUGAAGCGAUUUUUGGACCCCUGUGGUUGGAAGUUUGAAAACAUCUUCAUCACCAAACAAUUUGUUCGGUUCGAUGAAAUGGAGAGGCAACUACAGAGGCCCUGUGUCCUUCCACUGAAUAAGAAGGAAAGGAAGAAAUAUGUCGUCAUCCCAUCUUUCUGGCUGUCUCCUAAAGAGAGGAGGAACCUGGGGCUGUUUUGCCUCCCCAUUCUUACCCAUCUCUACAUCUGGGUGCUGUUUGCAGCCAUAGAUUAUCUUCUGUAUCAGCUGAUUUUCUCAGUGGGCAAACAUUUCCAAGGUUUGCCGGGGCUCGAGGUCCACUUGAAACUGCACCGAGAGGAGCGAGGAACUCAAGACAUCAUACAUGAUUCUUCCUUUAACAUAUCUCUGUUUGAACCCGCCUGCAUCCCUGAGCCAAAGCUCCUCCUGUCUAAGACCUGGAUUCCUCUCAGCAUUAUUCUCCUGAUACUGGUGGUGCUGGGUCUGCUGUCCUCCAUCCUGACUCAGCUUAAAAUCCUGGUGUCCGCAUCCUUCUACCCCACCGUGCAGACGGAGCGCGUCCAGCACCUGCACGUGAAACUCCUGAAGAAGAGAGCAAAGCAGGCGCUGAGAGAAGGAAACAGUAAACAGAAUCUCUACUUUACAAAGGCAAGCCAAGAUGGCAGCGUCAUCCGUAAUGAAGGAGAGUUUGAGUUUGAAGGGCAAAUGGACUUUCAAAGCACUCUUCAAUUUCAUGUUAGGGUUUACACCCCCAGCAAUGGAUAG